AAUGAAAGUAUUUAAGCAUUCAAGUUUUGCGUUGUUCAGCGUUUUGGGGGACAUCUGAUGCUCAGAGGGAAGGAUUUGCCGGUAGGAGCAGCAGAGCCAUGGGGAACGGACGCUCAUUCAGCGCCUUUGAUCGGGAGGUCACGGCACUGGCAGCAAUGUGCUGCCCAGCGCGUUUCAGGAGCGAUCUGACGGACUGCGGGCUUCUGGAAAAGUCACGGGAAUGGGCGCCGUGUGGGUGAGGCUGUCGCAGCGUUGCAGGUGCAGUAAGCCCGCAGGAGCCCUGGCGGGACUCCACAGGCCGUACAUCCAUCCGUGUGCAUGCCUGCGUGUGUGAGUGUGCUCCAUGGGCGCCUCCAGCGCGGCUCCCCAUGGCCGGCCAGCGGGACUACAGCUCCCAGCGGCUCCCGCCCACAUCCCGCGCCUGCGCACGCAGUCCCUCGGGCGGAGGUGGCUCCCUGUUCCUUGAGCGCGAACCCGGCUGCGGCCGGACUACAUCUCCCAGAGGCCCCCGCGCACAUCCCGCGCCUGCGCAACCGGAGACGGCCCGGCCGCACUCCGCCGUUGUCGCCGUCGGUGGGUGGGUGGGGGAAGGGAGCGAGCGGGAGGAGGAGGAGGAGGGAGGGGGGGGAGAGUUGAGAGUUCACCCGCCGCCGUCGCUGCCAGGCCGGACUCAUGAUUCCCAUAUGCCCGGUAGUUUCGUUCACCUAUGUGCCCAGCCGGCUGGGGGAAGAUGCCAAAAUGGCCACCGGCAACUACUUUGGAUUCACCCACAGCGGGGCUGCUGCCCAGUACAGCCAGCAGCCAGCUUCGGGUGUAGCCUAUUCCCAUCCAACCACAGUUGCCAGCUACACUGUCCACCAGGCCCCGGUGGCGGCACACACGGUCACUGCAGCCUAUGCCCCGGCCGCAGCCACGGUGGCGGUGGCCAGGCCUGCCCCGGUGGCCGUGGCAGCUGCUGCCACAGCUGCUGCCUACGGUGGCUAUCCCACAGCACACACAGCUACAGACUACGGCUACACACAGCGGCAACAAGAAGCUCCACCACCACCACCUCCUGUCACCACGCAGAAUUACCAGGAUUCCUACUCUUACGUUCGAUCCACUGCCCCGGCUGUGGCGUACGACAGCAAACAAUAUUAUCAGCAGCCAACCGCGACUGCGGCGGCCGUGGCUGCUGCUGCCCAGCCACAGCCCUCAGUGGCUGAGUCCUACUACCAGACAGCUCCAAAAGCAGGAUAUAGCCAAGGUGCAACUCAGUACACCCAAGCCCAGCAAACGCGGCAAGUGACAGCUAUAAAACCUGCAACCCCGAGUCCAGCAACAACGACAUUUUCCAUAUAUCCGACUUACAAAGAACACUUAGAAGGCCAGAAACACAAAAAGAAAGAAGCAGCAUUAAAAGCUUCCCAGAACACCACCAACAACAGUACUUCUGCUCGUGGAACUCAGAAUCAGUUGCGCUGUGAGCUCUGUGAUGUGUCUUGUACCGGGGCAGAUGCUUAUGCUGCCCAUAUCCGUGGAGCCAAGCAUCAGAAAGUAGUAAAGUUGCAUACAAAACUUGGCAAACCCAUUCCUUCGACUGAACCAAAUGUGGUUACCCAAGCUACUUCCUCAACAUCCACAUCUGCUUCCAAGCCAACGGCCUCUGCUUCAAAUAUAGCAACUAGCAGCAGUACAGUGAACUCCUCUGUUGCGUCUUCUGCAGUGAAAGUUCUUACUCCCACGGCAAACACACCACUUAACACUGCAUCCAACAACAAAACAUCUUCAACCGCUGCUAACAUAGCUGUAAAGAAAAUAUCUACACCGAAAAUAAACUUUGUUGGCAAGUACAGAAGUGGUAAUAAGCUUCAGACAACAGGAAGUAAAAUGGAAGAAAUGAAAUCAGCAGAAAGUGUUAAAACACCUCCUGCUGCUACAGUGCAAACACAGGAAGUAAAACCUGACACAGCAGCUGAACCAGUGACUCCCACAACUCUUGCUGCCUUGCAAAGUGAUGUCCAACCAGUGGGCCAUGACUAUGUGGAGGAGGUAAGGAAUGAUGAAGGAAAGGUGAUCCGUUUUCACUGUAAACUCUGUGAAUGCAGUUUCAAUGAUCCUAAUGCCAAGGAGAUGCAUUUGAAAGGGCGGCGGCACAGACUUCAGUACAAGAAAAAAGUAAACCCAGACUUACAAGUAGAAGUGAAGCCCAGUAUUCGAGCAAGAAAAAUUCAAGAAGAAAAGAUGAGGAAACAGAUGCAGAAAGAAGAAUACUGGAGAAGACGAGAAGAGGAGGAACGCUGGAGGAUGGAAAUGAGACGGUAUGAAGAGGACAUGUACUGGAGGAGAAUGGAGGAAGAGCAGCAUCACUGGGAUGACCGUCGCAGAAUACCAGAUGGAGGAUAUCCUCAUGGCCCUCCAGGACCACUAGGUCUGCUGGGAGUUAGACCUGGAAUGCCUCCUCAACCCCAAGGACCAGCCCCUCUGCGCCGCCCUGACUCCUCUGAUGACCGCUAUGUGAUGACCAAGCAUGCUGCUAUAUAUCCAACUGAGGAGGAACUUCAGGCAGUCCAAAAAAUUGUUUCUAUUACUGAGCGUGCUUUGAAGCUGGUUUCUGACAGCAUGACUGAUCAUGAAAAAAGCAAGAACAAAGAGGGAGAUGACAAAAAGGAUGGCAGUAAAGACAGAGCUUUGAAAGGCGUUUUACGGGUGGGCGUUUUGGCUAAAGGUUUGUUACUCCGUGGAGACCGAAAUGUCAAUCUUGUUUUGUUGUGUGCUGAGAAGCCCUCCAAGACAUUACUCAGUCGUAUUGCUGAAAGCCUCCCUAAGCAACUUGCAAUGGCAUGUGUGACAUUGAAGCUAUUUAAGGAAGUGUCUUGCUCACCUGGUCAAACACCCAUUCCUCACUGCAUUUUGCCAAUUCAAUCCAUUUUAGAUGUAACCUCGGGUAUGGUGAAAGACCCACCGGACGUCUUGGACAGGCAAAAAUGCCUUGACGCUCUGGCUGCUCUACGCCACGCUAAGUGGUUCCAGGCUAGAGCUAAUGGUCUGCAAUCCUGUGUGAUUAUCAUACGUAUUCUUCGUGACCUCUGUCAGCGGGUUCCUACUUGGUCUGAUUUUCCAAGCUGGGCUAUGGAGCUGCUUGUGGAAAAAGCAAUUAGCAGCGCUACUGGACCACAGAGUCCUGGGGAUGCACUAAGAAGAGUUUUUGAGUGUAUAUCUUCAGGAAUCAUCCUUAAAGGUGGUCCUGGCCUUCUGGACCCUUGUGAAAAAGAUCCUUUUGAUACACUUGCUGUAAUGACAGAUCAGCAACGAGAGGAUAUUACUUCAAGUGCACAGUUUGCGUUGAGACUCCUUGCGUUCCGGCAGAUACACAAAGUUCUAGGAAUGGAUCCGUUACCACAGAUGAAUCAACGCUUCAACAUCCAUAAUAAUCGUAAAAGGAGAAGGGACAGUGAUGGGGUUGAUGGGUUUGAAGCAGAGGGAAAGAAGGACAAAAAAGAUUAUGAUAACUUUUAAAAAUGUUUGUCAUCAUUGCUAAUAUUGAUGGUAAUGAAAAGUCCAUUUGUUGCCUUGCUUUUACUUCAUUCAUAAUGAUGUCUGUUUAAAACAUCCAAAACCAGCUUCUGAAUUAGACUUGGAAGAGAACAACCUAGCUCUUCUGUGAGAUUCUGAAUAUUUUAAUUGGAUGUACUGUACCAGACAAUUAUGGAUGGAAAGACUGCAAAUGGAAACUUGUCAUAGGAAAACACAGUUUUCCCUCAUUGUGUUUUCUUUAAAUGUGUUGCUAAGUUUAGUAUCUUUUCUUCUUUUUUUUUUGUCUUUUUUAUUAACAAGUGCAUUGUCUUCCUAUCUUGACUGUAUUUAACGCAGCAUUUGUGCUUCUGUUGCUAUGUGUAUUUUGACUUUUUAUUUAGAAUUAUUUUUAUUUGCCUUUGACACUAGUUGUAUGAGUUACUUUGUGUUAGGUAGUAAAACAGUUCCCCUCCCAAUUAAUAUUUUACAGAAGGGGUUUUUUUUCCUUUUUUUGUAAAAUGAGACUGCAGGAUCAUGUUUUUUUCUAAAUGUGAAGGGGUUACAACACAAUUGUCCUGCCAUUUGAGUGCUCAGAAUUAAAUGUUUUUGCCAAUCUUGUGGCAUUUGUCUCCUUAGUGUGAUAUAACGGUGUAAUUAAGACAAAUUUGUGUUAAUCUAAUCGAGUUUGCUGUUAGUUGUGCAUUAGCAGUAUAAAAGCUAAUAUAUACAGUAUGGUCUUGCAACAGUUUUAAAGCCGCUGCAUAAUUGAUCAAAGAUUUGCAUGAUGGGUUUUGUUUUUCUUUUUUUAAUAGAAGGGCUUUAAAAACUAUUAUCUUAGGUUAAAUGCAUAGGUCUUUGUAUGAUUGACUUCGUGACAUAGCAAGGCCAAAAAAUAACUUUCUGAAUUUCUUUUCUCAACAAGCAAAGGUGGGCAUUUUCCAUUUAGACAAAGUUAGUCAUUCUUUUCAGUCAACUUUGUCAGUAUGGUAUUAAUGCCUCUCAGCCCUUAAAAUAAAUGUUUGUCAUAUCAGUGCCUGUGAGGUUAUUCCUUAUAUCUGUUCCUGUAUAAACUUUAUGUGAUUUUUUUCAAUAAUUCAAAUUUUAAAAGUGAAGUAUUACUUAAAAAGUGAAGGUUAUCAAAGAAAAAAACCCAGAAAAUUAUUUGCUGUGGCCAUAGUGUAUGCUUAUGUCUCUUUCAAAAAUCUAAAUAUAGCAGUGGUGUAAGUAAAGUUACAUCAUACUGUUGAUGUAUGCUCUGGUACACAGGUGUGAUUUGUUGUCACAGCACUACAGUGGAAUACACAAAUAAAAGUUAAAAUUUAUUAAACGACUAAAAUUCAUUACACACUGGAAACUGAAGUUUCACUUACGCUGUUAAAUGUGUAUUAUGCUUUGUUGCAGACCCAUAAAACACAGAUUAACAUAGACUAACAUUCCGGUAGCUACUUUAUUGAUGGCUGUAGAAGAGUAUCACAUGUGACAAAGAUAAUUUGUUAUUUCUGAUACCAUUUAUUAAGAAAAGUCCAACUUCUGUUCCAUUUCAAGGUCGAAUUUAUCUUUGACCUUUUUAAUAAGCAACUAUUGGAGCAGGGGGCAUGUUUCUGUUCCCAGCAUCUACUGCUAACCAGUGUGGGCCUAUGGAAUAAAAAUACAAUAUUUUAGAAAAACUGAGGGAAUCUAAAGACUUAAAAAAGAAAAACACUUAAUAAUAGUGUUCUGCAAGCAUCAGAGUGCAAUUUUCAAGGGAGUGAUUAUAAGGGGUUAGCAUAUAAAAGUAAAGCUUUCUCAUUGUAGGAAAGCUUUCUAAAUAAUUAGAAAUACAAAAAGCAGAAAUGCUUUGAAGUUACUUAAAAAAUUACACUCAUUUCGUUGUCCAGCCUUCAUGCAUAGCUCCAAGCAUAUGCUUGUUCUAGGGGAUAUCUUGCUGCCAUUGUGUCUAGUUAGCCAUUACUAUUUAUUUUGAAAGCUACAGGUGCUAUUCAUGUGGCUAGUUCAACUCCAUACCAAAGUUUCUUUCCUCAUAAGGCAAACUUGUCUAUUCAGGAAUGUGACCCUAAAAGGAUUAAAAAGGUCAAAGAUGUAUUUUAGAUUUUCUGUAUUUUUGUUCUACUGGCUUUUAGCUCCUAACCAGUUUCUGGAUCUUUUGAAAUAUUGUAUACUUAAAGUGAUUCCACAUUAAAUAUGAAGCUGUGACCAUGA